AAAACAAAACAAAACAAAACCCUGGUGCCAAGAGAAAGCAAUGGAGCAGAGGCUGGCGAAUACAUGGCGGAUGACGGUGAACGAGAAGAAGUUCAUCGAGACGGCACUAGAGUCGGGACUCCGAAUCGACGGCCGCCGUCCGUUCGACUACCGCACCGUCGAUAUCAAGUUCGGGAAAGACGACGGCUCCGCGGAGGUGCACCUCGGCCAGACUCAUGUAAUGGCCUUCGUCACCGCCCAGCUCGUCCAGCCCUACCGCGACAGGCCCAAUGAAGGCACUCUCUCCAUCUUCACCGAGUUCUCUCCCAUGGCCGACCCUUCCUUCGAGCCUGGCCGCCCCGCCGAGUACGCCGUCGAGCUCGGCCGCGUUAUUGACCGCGGUCUCAGGGAGAGCCGGGCAGUUGAUACGGAGUCGCUCUGUAUUCUCUCUGCCAAAUUAGUAUGGGCUGUUCGUGUUGAUCUCCACAUUCUUGAUAACGGAGGGAAUCUCAUUGAUGCUGCUAAUAUUGCUGCACUGGCCGGUUUGUUGACGUUUCGGAGGCCCGAGUGCUCAUUGGGGGGAGAAAACGGUCAGGAAGUCAUCAUACAUCCACCCGAGGAGAGAGAGCCGCUUCAUCUAAUAAUACAUCAUCUUCCUAUUGCAGUAACUUUUGGAUUCUUCAGUUACGAGAGCAGUGUGGUUAUUGAUCCGACCCACCAUGAAGAGGCUGUUAUGGGGGGACGAAUGACCGCUACACUUAACUCUAACGGUGAUGUUUGUGCCAUUCAAAAGGCUGGAGGGGAGGGCAUCUUGCAGGGUGUUAUAAUGCAAUGUUUGCGAAUUGCUGCUGCCAAGGCUGGUGCCAUCUCAGAUAUGAUAAAGAAAGAGGUUGAUUCACAUAACACACAAAGAGCAUUACUGAAGAUCAAGCGUCAUUCUUCUUCUGUCCCAAUGGAUGUAGAUAGAGGUGGUUCUAACCUAGGGUUGAAACAGAACUCUUCUGUUGAGAUGGGAGUUGAUGAAUUUUCAGGGCAUCAUGUGGAGAGACUAAAGCAGGUGCCGGAGGAAGGCAUUGCUUAUCAAAGUGGUGGUGUUGAAAGUGAAACUAUAUCGUCAGACAACACACAAAUUAACAGGAGUAAUGCGGAUACCAAGAAUUUUAUUGGGGGGCCCUCAAGUUGGGAUCCUUACUCAAUGGGUGUUGAUUCAGAUUCCUUGAAAGCUUCUCUAGGGUCCCAAGGUAUGCCAAUGCCUAUUGAGAAACAAAACUCAAAAGGCGAGGAAACAACAAGCAAACCCGAGCCAGAGGAUGCUCCUGAAGAUAACAAUCUAAAGACUUCACCCCUUGGGGAAGCAUCUGCAGAACAAGCAAAUGGAGAGAAAACCCUGAAGGAUGCUGUAAAGGCGAAGAACAGGAAAUCCAGGAGAAAGAGUCGCUCCUCUUCUGGUCCUAGCUAAACCCAGGAAUAUAUUCUCAGUGUUGGCCGGAACUGCUAUACUUUCUUUCAGAUCAGUUUGGGUUGACUCGCUGCCUCAUACAGUUUGCAGAGGAUCGGUAUAUUGUCAUUUGUUUACCCUAAAACGCUAACAUAGUUGCUCAAAUUUUGCUAUUGACAGGAAAAUGGUAAUUACCUUCAAUUCCUUUUAUUUUCAUGUGAUUGCCAAUAUUCAUGUGAUUAUUCUCCCCUCCUUUUCCAUCCAAAAAGUCAAUAGUUAUCUAUUUUGUUUAGCCACCGUGAACUGUAUUAAAGGGCUUGGCAGAAAAGAGUCGCAACAUAAAACAUAAAAUUCCUCCCAUCAUCAACUUCUAUCUCAUUAGCUUAAUUUAAGAUUAACUUCUGGUAAAAUUUGAUAUAAAGUAACGCAAACCUGCCAAAGGUGAAAGUGAAUCACCGAGGAAUAUGCUACCAUGACUGCAGCUAUGGCAAUAUUCCCAAGGGCCUAAACAUGGCUACAAAGAUAGGCCCCUUUUGUGAGAAGAAAUAUUACGGCACGAAAAAAGCACAGAUGGAAUGAUUGCAACUCUAUUGCUGGUUUGUUAGAACCUUCUCCAUUGCAGUGAAUUGGUCAUCAAUUUUCUUCCCCUUUUUUUUUUUUUUCCAUCUCUGCCGUUCUCUUCAUUUCUGGUGCGACGCCGGUCUUCACUUUCUCCGCCCUUCCUUCUGGAAGUGGCGGAGUUUCGAAAUCUCCGAUGAUCCAACGUAAGCGUGCCAAAUCUGGUAAUGACAUCUCUUCAGAUCUGGAAGCUUUGCAAGCUCCACCUCCUCAAUCCUUGCCAAGCUAUACAUAGAUGAUGAAGGAUCCGGUCAAUCGUUUUACUUCAACUAUGGCCGAGGACUUUGAGUUCACAGAGCGCCUGCACUUAUUCUCAAGGCAAGCAUGGCCUGAAUGUUUUGUUUUUAGAGAAGGUACACAAUAAGCUGGAUUUUGGCAGGAGGUGUUCUGUCAUCAUCACGCUCAUGGGUAAACCUAACUCCACCAACACUUUGAUUUUGUUCUUAAGGGUUUGAGACGUAAAUGGCAAACUAAAGGGGGUUAGCAUCUGAUUGAUUUGCCUAAUGAUUAUUCCAUUGUUAAGUUUAAUCUAGAAGAAGAUAUGAAUGAAAUGUUGUGUGGAGGCCCUUGGAUUAUUGAUUUAAUUGUUCGAAGAUGGAGCCCUGACUGAUGUUAUUGGUUCUAUGGCUCUCUGGGUUCGAAUAUGCUGUUGGGAAAAUUAGCAAGAUCCUUGGCAAUGUUGUUAAGGUUGAUCCAUCACUAUUGGUCAAGCUAGAGGUAAAUUUGCUAGUCUGUAUUGAGGUGGAUCUAAGUAAACCCUUAAGGCCUUUUGUUGAAGUUGAGUCGGUGGCUUAUAGUGUUAUCUAUGAGGGUAUUUCUAUGAUUUGCUUUGAGUGUGUGUGCUUUGGUCAUUCUAAAGAUAAAUGUCCAUCUAUUGUGGUCAUUCUAAUUCUUGUCCUUCAACUGAUGAGCCUAACAAUUCUUCUAAUGAUGUUGUUCCUAAUGAUAAUGUGGAGAUGUCUCAUGAGAUGGAUGCUUCCAAUGAGCAGCCUACUAUGAUUAAGGAUGACAUGGGGCCAUGGAUGUUGAUGAAUUAUAGAAACAAGAAGAAGAAUUCAAAAGUUGGUGAUAAGACUAAAAGCCCUUCUAAGGGAUACAGAUUCUCAGUCCUUCAAGAUAUUAAUGUUGCUGCUGAUAAUGAAGCUGAGACCAUUGCUGACAUUCAUACUAAUUCUUCUACUCCUCCCAUUGUCAAACUUUGGACCAACUUCCAAGAUAAGCUGAAGAAUGUCCCUAAACCCUCUGAGCCUGCAAAUUCCAAACCCUCUUCCUCUUUGUCCAAGAGUAGCAAACCCCCUUCAAAGACUGUUAAUCCUAUGCACCUUUCUGUGUGUACUUCAU